UUCACUGUCACCUUGAUACUAGAUAAUUGGAGGUUAUGUAAUUUUAACCUCAAAAAUUUCUCAGUUCCCUUACAUGUUUAUCUAUUGAAAAUAAUAUUUACAUCAUUAUGACAACAAAAAGUCCACUAAUUUUCACAAUCAUUGCCGAAUGCCACACUUCAAAAGCUCGCGUAAGCCGUAUGGUAUUACCUCAUGGUCCUGUCGACAUGCCGGUUUUCAUGCCUGUUGGGACUCAGGGAACUUUGAAAGGAAUGUUACCGGAACAGCUCGAAGAGCUUGGUCUCCAAAUCAUGCUUGCCAAUACUUAUCAUUUAGGAACAAAACCUGGUGUCGAAAUUCUGGAAAAAGCCGGAGGCUUGCACAAGUUUAUGAACUGGAAUAAUUGUCUUUUGACGGAUUCUGGGGGCUUCCAGAUGGUCUCAUUAUUAAAAUUAGCUGAAAUCACAGAGGAGGGUGUACGUUUUCAGUCUCUGAAUGACCAAAAAGCUGAAGUCAUGUUAACACCGGAACAUUCCAUUGAGAUUCAAAAUGCAAUUGGUGCAGAUAUCGUAAUGCAACUCGACGAUGUCGUCAGGACUACAAAUCCUGAUAAGAAGAGAAUUGAGGAAUCUGUGCACAGAACGACAAGAUGGCUUGAUAGGUGUUUGCAAGCUCAUAAAAAACCAGACAGUCAAAGCAUUUUUCCAAUAGUUCAAGGAACCCUCUAUGAGGAUUUACGGGAGAUAAGUGCCAAAGAUCACAUCAAAAGAAACGUCAAUGGAUAUGCGAUUGGUGGUCUGAGUGGAGGGGAAAGUAAAGACGAUUUUUGGAAGAUGGUCCACUUAUGUACCAAUAUUUUACCAAAAGACAAACCCCGUUACUUGAUGGGUGUCGGAUUUGCCGAGGAUUUAGUCAUUUGUUGUGCUUUAGGUUGCGACAUGUUUGACUGUGUUUUUCCAACAAGAACAGCGAGAUUUGGGUGUGCGUUAACAAGAACAGGACAGCUCAAUUUAAAGAAGGAAAAAUUCAAAAAAGACUUCAAACCUAUAGACGAAAACUGUCCCUGUAAUACAUGCAAAAAUUACACCAGAGCUUAUCUGAAUGGUAUUGUGACUGUGCACCCAUCAGCUUGCCAUUUAAUCACCGAACAUAAUCUAGUCUUUCAAAUGACUUUAAUGAAAGAUAUAAGGGAGAGUAUCAAAAAGGAUAAAUUUCCAGAAUUUGUGCGCAAAUUCAUGUUGGAUUUGUAUCCAAAUAAGGAGUACCCUACUUGGGUUAGAGACUCUUUAAGUGCUGUCAAUAUAAGCCUAACUUUAUAAGUAUUAUUUUUUUAUUUUAUACAAUAAAUAGAAAAAAAGAA